AUGCAGAAUCGAGCCCUGGCUGAUCUUGUAUCUCGCCUCGACCAGGACCCCAAGCCGUCGUCAGGUGCCAAUGAGGACUCUCGAACGCGGCGCAGACGACUCUACCGGAUGGCCUCAGAACAGCGGCCUGCCUUCCCAUUCCAGCACCGCAACUUCUAUAGCCACGUUAUGGAGAAUAAGGAGGUGGUCAAGACGCUUUCCUUGCUGUCAUCUUGCACACAGGAGAUCAAGCCGGAUCUGGCAGCUUUCCAUGAUCGGUGGUUGCCCUAUAAGUUCCUGUGGGAGAAUGAGAACGUCAAGAAGGAUAUCCACAGUGUGAACCUGACCGAGUCUGAGGCAUCCCUGCGUAGACAUGGCGAGCUGGAGGCUGAGCUGGCUGUGGAGCCGGAUAUGCAAGUUUUUGGCAACUGUCUCACCAUAUCCGUCGAGAAGCUGAAGUUCGGGCUUCUGACGGAGGUGAAGGCAUGCACAUACCGAAUUGGUAGUUUGCUCAAAAAGAAGUAUCAUCGAGAGAUGGACUAUGUGUACGCAGUAAUGAGUGAAAUGGAGCGAAAGCUAGACCGCCAAAUCCGGGACUUGGACGAUGUGCGGCUGGUUAUGGAUACACUCAAGAAGAUUCGGGAGCAGGAGGUUGACAUGGAACUCAGGAUUGAGCCUAUAGAGGAGGCAUUCAAUGUCAUCACUCGCUAUGAGCUGCCUGUUGACAGAGAGGAUUUAGAAUUGGUGGAUAACUUGCGCUACUCAUGGCAGCGGCUUCUAGGUCAAGCCAUGGAUGUGAACGUGUUGUUGCUAACAAUGCAACCUCACUUUGAGGAGGACUUGCGGCGGAACCUGGACCGGUUCAGGCAGGAUAACAUCGAGUAUUGUCAUGAGUACAGGACCAGCGGACCCAUGAUGCCAGGACUCACUCCUCGUGAGGCUUCAGACAGGCUCAUACUCUUCCAGAACCGGUUUGAUGGGAUGUGGCGCAAGCUUCAGACCUAUCAGAGUGGGGAGGAGCUGUUUGGUCUCCCACAAACUGACUAUCCAGAGUUGGCUCAGAUACGCAAGGAGCUCAACUUGCUGCAGAAACUCUACAAGUUGUACAAUGAUGUGAUAGACAGAGUCAGUGGCUACUAUGAUAUCCCUUGGGGUGAGGUCAACAUAGAGGAGAUCAACAAUGAACUCAUGGAGUUCCAGAACCGGUGCCGUAAACUACCAAAGGGUCUCAAGGAAUGGCCAGCAUUCCAUGCUUUGAAGCGCACAAUAGAUGACUUCAAUGACAUGUGUCCAUUGUUGGAACUGAUGGCCAACAAGGCAAUGAAACCUCGGCAUUGGCAGCGCAUCAUGGAGGUCACAAACUACAACUUCGAGUUAGACAGUGAGGGAUUCUGCCUCAAGAAUAUCCUUGAAGCACCUCUCCUCAAGUGCAAGGAGGAUAUUGAGGACAUAUGUAUAUCAGCGAUGAAAGAGAAAGACAUUGAAGCCAAGUUGAGGCAGGUGACUAAUGAGUGGUCAGUCCAUGAGUUGACCUUCAUGUCCUUCAACAACCGUGGAGAAUUGUUGCUGAGAGGAGAUACAACAGCUGAGACUAUUGGCCAGCUGGAAGACAGCCUCAUGGUGCUUGGAUCUCUACUUUCCAACCGGUACAAUGCUCCAUUCCGCAAACAGAUCCAGCAGUGGAUGUUUGAUCUUGGCAACACAAACGAGAUACUUGAAAGGUGGCUGUUGGUGCAGAACAUGUGGGUCUAUCUGGAAGCAGUGUUUGUGGGAGGUGACAUUGCUAAACAACUUCCUAAAGAAGCCAAAAGAUUCAGCAAGAUUGACAAGUCCUGGCAGAAGAUCAUGCAACGUGCCCAUGAGACUCCUGGAGUAGUGUCCUGUUGUGUGGGUGAUGACAUGCUGAAACAGCUGUUACCUCAUUUGCAAGAACAGCUGGAGCUGUGUCAAAAGUCUCUCAGCGGGUAUUUGGAGAAGAAGAGGAUGAUGUUCCCAAGAUUUUUCUUCGUCUCAGAUCCUGCCCUUUUGGAGAUCCUGGGCCAGGCCUCUGACUCCCACACCAUCCAGAAUCAUCUGCUCUCAAUAUUUGACAAUACCAGGUCUGUAAAGUUCCAUGACAUUGAGUACAACAAGAUGACUGCCAUCAUUUCCUCCGAGGGAGAAUCCAUUCAGUUGGAGAGAGCAGUGAGAGCUGAAGGAAGUGUGGAGACGUGGUUGACUUGUCUGCUGCAGACAUCUCAGCAAUCCCUUCAUUCUAUCAUCCGUAACGCUUUUACACAAAUUAACGAUCCCAAUUUCAACUUACUCGGCUUCCUUGACAAGAUGCCAGCACAGAUUGGUAUCCUGGGUAUCCAGAUGAUCUGGACAAGAGAUGCAGAAUCAGCCCUGAUGCAGGCUCGCUCUGACAAGAAGCUGAUGGCAGAGACCAAUAAUAAGUUCCUGGAGCUUCUAAACACUCUAAUAGACCAGACAACACGGGACCUCACUAAACUGGAGCGGAUCAAGUUUGAGACCCUCAUCACUAUCCAUGUUCACCAGCGUGACAUCUUCGAUAUCCUUUGUCGACUGAACGUGAAGUCAGCCAAUGACUUUGAAUGGCUGAAGCAGUGUCGUUUCUACUUCAAGGAGGACAUGGACAAGACUUGGAUUGCCAUCACAGACGUCACUUUCACAUACCAGAACGAGUAUCUAGGUUGUACAGAGCGUCUGGUCAUCACUCCACUCACUGACAGGUGCUACAUCACCCUGGCCCAGGCUCUAGCUAUGAGUAUGGGAGGGUCGCCCUGUGGUCCUGCAGGUACGGGCAAGACAGAGACAGUCAAGGACAUGGGGAAGACUCUGGCCAAGUACGUAGUCGUCUUCAAUUGCUCUGACCAGAUGGACUAUAGAGGUCUUGGCAGGAUUUACAAGGGCCUAGCACAGUCUGGAUCAUGGGGCUGUUUUGACGAGUUCAACCGUAUAGAGUUGCCAGUGCUGUCAGUGGCGGCCCAGCAGGUUGCGGUGGUCUUGGCAGCCAAGAAAGAGAAGAAAAAGACCUUUGUGUUUACUGAUGGUGAUGCCAUUGACAUGUGCCCUGAAUUUGGCAUCUUCAUUACCAUGAAUCCUGGAUAUGCUGGACGUAAAGAAUUACCAGAGAACUUGAAGAUACAGUUCCGCACGGUGGCUAUGAUGGUGCCGGAUCGACAAAUCAUCAUCCGAGUGAAGCUGGCCAGCUGUGGGUUCUUAGAGAACAUAACUCUGGCCCGUAAAUUCUACACGCUCUACAAGUUGUGUGAGGAACAGCUUACUAAACAGGUUCACUAUGAUUUUGGGUUGAGAAACAUUCUGUCAGUGCUGCGCUCUCUUGGUGCAUCCAAAAGAGUCAACUCGAAGGAUUCUGAGAGCACUAUCGUCAUGAGAGUUCUGCGAGACAUGAAUCUCUCAAAACUGAUCGAUGAGGACGAGCCCCUGUUCAUCUCACUGGUGGCUGAUCUUUUCCCCAACCAGGUGCUGGAGAAGACCUCAUACCCCACACUGGAGGCUGCUAUAGCUGAGCAAGUAGAGGAAGCCGGCCUGGUCUACCAUCCUCCUUGGGUUCUUAAACUCAUCCAGCUGUAUGAGACACAGAGAGUCAGACACGGGAUUAUGACUCUGGGACCAGCCGGAGCUGGCAAAACCGCCUGUAUUCACACACUCAUGAAGGCCCUUACAGCUAUUGGAGACAACCACAGGGAAAUGAGGAUGAACCCCAAGGCCAUCACGGCAGCUCAGAUGUUUGGCCGCUUGGACGUAGCCACCAACGACUGGACGGAUGGAAUCUUUUCUGCACUCUGGAGGAAAUCUCUCAAGUUGAAAAAAGGAGAGCACGUAUGGUUGGUGUUGGAUGGGCCAGUGGAUUCUAUAUGGAUAGAGAACUUGAACUCGGUGUUGGAUGACAACAAGACUCUGACCUUAGCCAACGGAGACCGGCUCAAUAUGUCUCCUACCUCCAAGAUCAUUUUUGAACCUCACAAUAUCGACAACGCUUCCCCAGCCACUGUAUCUAGAAACGGCAUGGUUUACAUGAGCUCUUCAGGGCUAGACUGGAGGCCAGUGCUGGAGGCUUGGCUCAAGACCAGAUGUCAGAGAGAGGUUGGAGUGUUCCAGCAUCUGUUUGAGGAGUCAUUUGCCACUGUCUACACCUGGGGCACUCAAAACCUCAACCUCACAAUGAAAGUGCUUCAGUGUAACAUUGUUCAACAGAUGCUGAUAUUGCUCCAAGGCUUGGUAGCUGCUCAUUGCCCUGAAGAAGAGGAAGUAGAGGGAGAAAAGCCAGCAGUUGAGAAGGAGAAGGAAGAGAAUGAACCAACUGUAAAAGAACCACCUCCUGAUGUCAAACUGACCCAAGAGCACCUCCAUCGCCUUUACGUAUUUUCACUUAUCUGGGGCAUGGGUGCACUGUUGGAGUUGGCAGACAGGGCCAAGUUCGACUCUUUCCUCAAGGAGAAGCUCACCAUGCUGGACCUUCCCAAGUCAUGGAUAUCUAACACUUCCGUCUUCGACUUUGUUGUCAGCAAAGAAGGCAAAUGGGAGCUGUGGACAACAAUGGUGACUAACUACGUGUACCCGGAGACAACGACCCCAGACUAUAGCAGUAUUCUGGUGCCUAUCGUAGACAAUGUGAGGAUAGACUACCUCAUUCACACCAUAGCCAAACAGGAGAAAGCUGUGCUGCUCAUUGGUGAGCAAGGCAGUGCCAAGACUGUCAUGAUGAAGGCAUACAUGAAGAAAGCCUGUCCAGAGAGACAUCUCAGCCGAUCAUUCAACUUCUCCUCUGCUACUAGCCCUUACCAAUUCCAGAAAACAAUAGAAAGCUACGUAGAGAAGCGACUGGGCAGCACAUUUGGGCCUCCUGGGGGCCGUAAGAUGACAGUGUUCAUAGACGACAUUAACCUGCCAGAGAUCAACGUUUGGGGUGACCAGGUGACUAACGAGAUUGUGCGCCAGACAAUGGGCAUGCAUGGAUUCUAUAGUCUGGAAAAGCCUGGGGAGUUCACCACCAUAGUGGACGUACAGUUUGUGGCAGCUAUGGGGCAGCCAGGUGGAGGACGUAAUGAUAUCCCAUCUAGACUGAAGCGACAGUUCUGUGUCUUUAACUGUACACUUCCGAGUGACGCAAACAUCGACAAGAUAUUCAGAGUAGUGGGGGAAGGCCACUACAACACCAAAAGAGGGUUCACCCUUGAAGUGCGUAAUCUGGUCAAGAAGCUCAUCCCUCUCACGAGGGAGCUGUGGCAGACAACCAGGGCAAAAUUGCUGCCGACCCCAGCCAAGUUCCACUAUGUGUUCAGUCUUCGUGACAUGUCUCGCAUCUGGCAAGGCAUGGUGGGCACUCUCUGUACCGUCAUAGACUCAGAGAGUGUGCUCAUGGUCCUUUGGAAACACGAAUGUUCAAGGGUCUUCUCUGACAGACUGGUGUCGGUGCAGGACAAGGACUGGUUUGAUACCACUCUGCUGCAGAUGGUGGAGGACAAGUUGGGGCCUAACUACAGGACUAUGGCAGAGCCUUGCCCAGCCUUUGUGGACUUCAUGAGGGAUGCACCAGAACCAACAGGAGAGGAAGGGGAGGAUGCAGAUAUGGAACUGCCCAAGGUGUACGAGCCAGUAUCGAAUUUUAACGAACUCAGAGAGCGACUUGACAUGUUUCUGGCCCAGUUCAAUGAGAUGGUACGAGGAGCUGGCAUGGACCUAGUCUUCUUUCCUGAUGCCAUGCUGCAUCUUGUCAAGAUCUCCAGGGUGAUCAGACACCCACGGGGCAAUGUGAUGCUGGUGGGUGUGGGUGGCUCGGGUAAGCAGAGUCUCACCAAGUUGGCGUCCUUCAUUGCCGGUUACAAGACCUUCCAGAUCGCUCUCACCAGAUCUUACAAUGUUGCCAACUUCCUGGAGGACCUGAAGCUGCUGUAUCGUACUUGUGGUGUCCAGGGCAAAGGCACUACUUUUAUCUUCACAGAUCUGGACAUCAAAGAGGAAGGCUUCCUUGAGUACCUUAACAAUAUUUUGUCUUCAGGUGUGAUAUCAAACUUGUUCACUCGGGAUGAACAGGCUGAGAUUAUCCAGGAGCUGACACCAAUCAUGAAGCGGGAGAACCCCAAGCGCACUCUGACUCACGAGAAUGUCAUGGAACACUUCCUAGUGCGCACAUGUCAGAACUUACAUGUCGUCUUCUGCUUCUCUCCUGUGGGAGAAAAGUUCCGCAAUCGUGCUCUAAGGUUCCCUGCACUUGUCUCUGGCUGUACGAUUGACUGGUAUCAACCGUGGCCCAAGGACGCUCUGGUGCUUGUCGCCAAACACUUCAUCACCGACUUUGAGAUUGAAUGCACAUUGGAGGUGAAGAACGAGCUAAUUGCUGCUCUUGGUUCCAUUCAGGAUGUGGUGUCCAAGACAUCCCUUGAAUAUUUCCAAAGAUUCCGUCGAGCAACUCAUGUCACUCCCAAAUCUUAUUUGAACUUCAUUGGCGGCUACAAAACCAUAUACCAGACUAAACAGAAGGAGCUGGGAGACGGAGCAAUGAGAAUGGACACAGGUCUGGCCAAGUUGGACGAGGCCUCUCAGUCCGUAGAGAUCCUGAAGCAGGACUUGGCAGUGAUGGAGAGAGAACUGGCACAGGCCUCUCAGAAGGCUGAGACUGUACUGAUGGAGGUGACGGAUAGAGCCAUGCAGGCAGAGAUGGUCAAGAAUCAGGUAAUGAAAGUAAAAGAGAAGGCUGAAGCACUUGUGGAGUGUAUCGCCAAGGAGAAAGGACUGGCAGAGCAGAAAUUGGAGGCUGCCAAGCCUGCCCUGGAAGAGGCAGAAUCUGCCCUAAAUACUAUAAAACCUGCUCAUAUCGCCACUGUACGAAAGCUGGGACGACCUCCUCAUCUGAUCAUGAGGAUUAUGGAUUGUGUGCUCAUUUUAUUCCAGCGUAAACUACAUGCUGUCAUCGGUGACACUGCUGCCCCUUGCCCAAAACCCUCCUGGGCUGAAUCUCUUAAGAUGAUGGCCAGCACGACUUUUCUACUACAACUCCAGAAUUACCCAAAGGACAUUAUCAACAAUGAGAUGGUAGAGUUGCUAACCCCUUACUUUGAGAUGGAGGAUUACAACAUGGAUACGGCUAAACGAGUCUGCGGUGAUGUAGCUGGACUUCUAUCCUGGACCAAAGCCAUGGCAUUCUUUCACAGUGUUAACAAAGAAGUACUGCCUCUUAAGGCCAACUUAACUCUGCAAGAGGCUCGUCUGAAGUUGGCUGACGAGGAUUUAUCGGCUGCUGAGAAUGAGUUGGCGGCACGAGAACAUGCUCUGAAUCAAGUGAAGGCCCAAUAUGAUGCAGCUGUCAGUGAAAAACAGCGACUCACUGAUGCUGCCAACUCUUGCAUACGUAAAAUGACUGCAGCCACAGCCCUUAUCAAUGGACUGGGUGGUGAGAAGAUACGAUGGACCGAACAGAGUAAGGAGUUUAAGAAACAGCUUGGCAGACUGGUUGGAGAUGUUGUGCUAGCUACAGGAUUCCUGUCUUACUGUGGACCAUAUAACCAAGAGUUCAGAGCCACUCUGGUCAACUGCUGGAUGAACAUCCUCAAAACUCGGCAAAUUCCCUUCACCCAUAAUCUCAACAUCACCAACAUGCUUGUUGAGAGCUCUAUGGUGUCAGAGUGGACGCUGCAGGGACUACCCAAUGAUGAGCUCUCUGUUCAGAAUGCUCUCAUAGUCACCAAGUCUAGCUCCUAUCCACUGCUGGUCGACCCACAGAACCAAGGCAAAAUGUGGAUCAAGAACAAGGAGGCCUCAAACGAGCUUCAAAUCACAUCUCUGAAUCACAAGUACUUCCGCACCCACCUGGAGGACAGUCUUUCUCUGGGGCGGCCACUGCUGAUAGAGGAUGUGGGUGAGGAGUUAGACCCUGUCAUAGAUAAUGUGCUUGAAAAGAACUUUAUAAAGUCUGGAUCCAUUGAAAAGGUGGUGGUGGGGGACAAGGAGAAUGAUGUGAUGCCAGGAUUCAUGCUGUACAUCACAACAAAACUACCAAACCCUGCCUAUUCCCCAGAGAUCAGUGCCAAAACCUCCAUUAUAGACUUUACUGUCACCAUGCAGGGUCUAGAGGACCAGCUACUAGGUCGAGUAAUCCUAAUGGAGAAGUCAGAUCUAGAAGCUGAACGUGUGGCUCUAUUUGAGUCGGUAAUGCAGAACCAACGCAGUAUGAAAGAGCUGGAGAGCAAUCUGCUACAUCGACUCACAUCCACCAAGGGUUCUUUGGUGGAUGACGAGGCUCUAAUCCAAGUGCUACAAGAGACUAAGACCACAGCAGAGGAGGUGAAUGCUAAGUUGCAUGUGUCCGAACAUACAGAACGCAAAAUCAUGGUGGCACGUGAGGAGUUCCGGGCUGUAGCCGCUCGGGGAUCCAUUCUUUACUUCCUCAUCGUAGAGAUGAGCAAUGUCAAUGUCAUGUACCAGAAUUCUCUGAGACAGUUCCUCACUAUCUUCGACAAUUCCAUCACUAAGUCCACCAAGAGCUCAGUGACAGAAGAAAGAAUAGAGAACAUACUGAGUUAUCUAACAUACGAGGUGUGGAAGUUCACACUGCGCAGCUUGUACGAGCGCCAUAAGCCUCUGUUCACUCUCAUGUUGGCUAUGAAAAUCGACUGUCAUAAAGGGACCAUCACACAUGAUGAGUUCAUGGCUUUCAUUAAAGGUGGAGCCUCUCUGGAUUUGAAUGCUGUCGUACCAAAGCCAUUCCGCUGGAUUCUGGAUAUAACGUGGUUGAAUCUUGUGGAAAUCAACAAGCUACAAGUGUUCUCAGCUGUUCUUACCAAGAUAAAACAGAACGAGCGAGAGUGGAGAAACUGGUAUGAAAAGGAGAAGCCAGAAGAGGAGGAGAUUCCUUGUGGCUACCAGAAAUCUUUGGAUGUGUUCCGAAAACUGCUACUGAUCCGUUCUUGGAGUCCGGAUCGAACCUUGUCUCAAGCCAGGAAAUAUAUUAUCGAGUCUCUGGGCCCAGAGUACGGAGAAGCCUGUAUCUUGGACCUUGAGGUGACGUGGCAGGAAUCCGAACCCCGAACUCCUCUCAUCUGUAUUCUUAGCAUCGGCUCUGACCCCUCACCACAAAUCACUGCCCUCUCCAAGCUCAAGGAGAUACCAUUGAGGGCUGUGUCAAUGGGUCAAGGCCAGGAAGUACAUGCCAGGCGUCUCAUCUCUGAAGCAAUGGCGGAGGGUGGCUGGGUUCUGCUGCAGAAUAUCCAUCUCUCUCUACCUUUCUGUAGUGAGGCUAUGGAUGCGCUCGUGGACACUGAAACAAUCCAUGAAACGUUCAGACUGUGGAUGACCACUGAAGUUCACCCACAGUUUCCCAUCGGACUGCUGCAGAGUGCCAUCAAGUUCACUAAUGAACCUCCGCAAGGCAUCCGAGCCAGCAUGAAGCGGACUUACCAGAACAUCACACAGGAUACACUGGACUACUCGACCCAGUCGCAAUGGCCGCCACUGCUAUAUGCUGUGGCAUUCCUCCACACAGUGGUGCAGGAGCGGCGCAAAUUUGGUCCUCUUGGGUGGAACAUUCCCUAUGAGUUUAACCAGGCCGAUUUUGCUGCUAGCGUACAGUUUAUACAGAAUCAUCUAGACGACAUGGACCCUAAGAAGGGUAUCUCAUGGCCAACGGUGUGUUACAUGCUGGGAGAGGUGCAGUACGGUGGCAGAGUCACUGAUGACUUUGACAAGAGAUUACUCACUACAUUCACACAGGUGUGGUUCUGUGAUGUGCUGUUGAGGCCUGGCUUUGAGUUUUACCGAGGAUACCGGGUUCCCAUCACCCGUAGUCUACAGGGUUAUAUAGACUAUGUGAACUGCUUGCCGUUGACUGACACACCUGAGGUGUUUGGUCUUCAUGCCAAUGCCGACAUCACAUAUCAGAUAAACACAGCAAAGGGCAUCCUGGACACUAUCCUGAGUGUGCAGCCCAAGGAGGGUGGAGCACAAGGGGGAGAGACCAGAGAGAACAUUGUCUAUCGGCUAGCUGAAGAUAUGUUAGAGAAGUUGCCCAAGCAGUAUAACAGCUUUGAGGUGAAGGAGGCUCUGCACCGUAUGGGAGCCCUGUUACCCAUGAACAUCUUCCUGCGCCAGGAGAUAGACCGCAUCCAGCGCGUGAUUACUGAGGUGCAGUCUACACUGACUGACCUGAAGCUUGCAAUUGACGGGACAAUCGUGAUGAGCCAAGGUCUGCGAGAUUCCUUGGAUGCCAUGUAUGAUGCUAGGAUUCCAGAGCGUUGGCAGAAGGUGUCAUGGGAGUCUGCUACACUUGGGUUCUGGUAUACAGAGCUGCUGGAAAGGGAUGCUCAAUUUCGGCGCUGGGUGCAACAUGGUCGACCCAAUGUCUUCUGGAUGACUGGCUUCUUCAAUCCCCAGGGUUUCCUCACUGCCAUGAGACAGGAGGUGACAAGGGCACACAAAGGCUGGGCACUGGACUCUGUUGUACUGCAGAACCUUAUCACUCGACACACCAAAGAGGAACUUAAUGACUCACCCCCUGAGGGUGUCUACGUGCAUGGACUAUUCCUGGAAGGGGCCUCUCUUGACCACCGCUCUGGCAAGCUCAUGGAAAGCAAACCCAAGGUGCUGUACGAACAGAUGCCAGUGAUCUACAUUUACGCAAUCAACACCACAGCUGGCAAGGAUCCUAAAUUGUACGAGUGUCCGAUUUACCGCAAGCCACAGAGGACUGACAAGAAAUAUGUCGGCAGCAUCGACUUCGAGACAGAGAACAACCCUCGUCACUGGACCCUCCGUGGUGUAGCACUGCUUUGUGACAUCAAGUAGACCCUCUUAGCUGUAUUAAUAUUUGUAGCAGUCUGUGAUACAACAGUUACCACCUCAAACUUUCACAUUUAGUAUUUAAAUUACAAGUGUUCACUCAGUACAUCAUUUUAAUAAUUAAUUUUUAGAUUAGGUUUAGCUUACAUGUUAUAGAUCUUAAGGCUCAGUUAUUCAUUAUUAUAGAUAUAAUAUUUCACCUAGAACAUUUGCAGUCCAUUUUAAACAUCUUCAUUAAAUUUAAAUACAUAUUACAGACCAUAACUUGAAUUUGCAUUGUUUAUAUUAAUGGUGGUGUAAUUUCUAAGGAUUUAAAUGAAAAAGAACGACCAAUUUUUUUACACAUAUAUUGUAUUAAGUAACUUCAUACAUUAUGUUAGGUCAACUUUUGAAAUGACACUUAAUUUCCUCUAUGGGAGAAAUAAUAGUACAGAAAUACCUAUUUUGAAUGUUCAAAUUGUGUUCUCAAUCUACACAGGUGUGCAGUGAGGAGGCCUCAAGCCCCACCCUCGUAGACAAAAGACAUUUUAAAUUAUAAGUAAUAAUAAAAAUAAACAUAAAUCCUUCUGGAAAUCACCGGUUAACUCUCCAGGUAUUAUCAUAAGACUGCAAUCUUCUAACAACGUUGUCUAGAGCUGGCUAUGCCAUUGGGCAAAGAUAUCUUGGUUUUAUUAUCUAGAAAAAAAGUUAUUGUAACUUUCACUACCUGAAGACCAUAUAUUAUUAACGGAAUAAAGGCAUUGUAUCUAAUAUCUUUACAAAGCAAAAUAAUUAUAUUCAUCAUAACUAAUGUUGGAUCUGUCAGUGACUGAUUUAUUGCAUCUCCUCAUCUGUUCAAAUGUCUGUUAUGAAACAAAUCUGCUCUGAUUUCUAGUGAACAUACCCAUAAAUACUACUUAUUGAUAGCCAUAAUUAGAUUGAUUAUGAAACACAAUUUAAUGAUGGUAAGUGUUCAUCUUAGUCCUAUUACUCCCUCACAUAAUCUGGUGUAAUACUAAAAAAAUAAGUAUUUAUGGAAUUACUAAUUUUAUCUUAUAUAUAAAUGAAAUAAGGGACAACAAAUUGUAAACUCAAAUACAAGACUUUAGAAGGAAGGAAAUUCCUUGGAUAUAACAAGAAAAUAUGAUUGAAAAGUUUGUUUAUCGACUGUUUCACUAAAGAAGGGAAGAGGAGAAGCUAAUACAAUAGAUCCAAAAAUAACACAUUUUGCUUUAUUCAGCCUGAGUUGCUUGCCUUUUUGCCUAAGUUUUCACCCAAUUUUUAACCUUAUUAACAAAUAUUGGCCUAAUUAUUAUGCACAGCAUACAAUAUUUAUUUCACAUUAAACCAUCAACUUCAUUAAAGAAUGACAAUUCAUUUUUGUUGCAAGUGAAUUCAUAUUUUAAUGGUGUAAAUAAAAAACAAAAUUUGUAUGGGAAGAAACAGUUAAACAAGAUGCACAGCUUGAGUAUGUUGAUAAUUUUGGACACACACACACAUAUAUGUGUGUGUGUGUAUAUAUAUCUGUAUAUAUAUA